AUGGAACCAAUUCGAAGCUCGAGACGGGUGAUCGUAACACUCGUGGAAUCGUUGUUCAGCACAAUACUGUCGCAGCAGCCAUCUGGGGCGCACCCACUAUGGCAUGCGCGCACCGCUCGCGGCUCACUCCAGCCCGAGGUCGAAUCCGAGCCAUUCGGUGUUGGCCCAGGAUCGAAGGCCAGCGAAGGAGUGGCCGGGCGGGAAAUGACCCGCCACAUAAUCUCUUGCGGGAGCCGUGGAAUGUAA